UUUAUAAUCAGCCAUGAGCGCAUGAACGCAGCUGCGACUAAAGCCGUGCUGGUUUCUUUUCCACAAUGAAUUCAGUUUUAAUUAAGGCAGUAUUAUCUGCUUCUCCUGACUACGAGCUCCUGUUUGAGGCUCUUUGCUGGCCGGAUGACAUUUGGCCGGAGACAUCGCGUGUUGAGGCGCUGACAGCUUUCCUCGAAGGUCUGAAGGAAAUGUUCCUCCAAUCAGAAUGCUCUUUGUUGACACCCGCGAAAAGACAACGUCUUGUAGAAAAGACAGAGUCUCUUAUUUGGACUCACUGCCUGCCUCUUCUCUCCAGAACAUCAGCAGAAGUCGAGGGUUUGCGGUGCCGGGCUAGUAUAGCUGCUCUAUGCGGACUUGUGGCUGUCUGUGUCCGUUUGUGUGACCCGGCUGUGGCGGUCCGAGCCACCCAGGCUGUCUUGCCUUCGCUCCGGCUGUCGGAGGAGGAGAUGCCGGGUGUAAACAAACUCAGUGUGGAGGUUGCCAGUGACGUCAUAGCUGCCCUUCUCCCUUCUGUAACAGCAGACCACCACCUCACAUCAAGCAUCUUGUCAUGUGCCUUCUCUGGCCUGAGGACUCUUCCGGAUGGGUUGCUUCCCCGGGUCACCCUCCGGCUCCUGUUGGCUCUGCUCGGCUGUUGCAGUGAUGCCGGGCUCGGUGUCCUCCUCCAGAAGAUCCUGGAUGAGCUGUGUGCUUGGCAUUCAUCGGAGCGCACACCUACAGUCACAGAGCGAACAUUGGUGUGUUUGACCACCCUGUCCGACCACCUGUUGGGUUUCGCCGAGCCGGACCCUCGUCCGUAUCUCUGCUUUUGGUGGGUGGUUCAGGAUGGGCUCAUCCACAGAGACUACGUGGUUCGUAAGAGAGCCUUGUACUUGCUCAAAAGGUGUGUGGCUUCAUCGCAGGAGCAGGGAGUGGACUGUCCUCCAUCGCAAGAGACUGGAGAGGAGAUCUUGUUCAAAUGGACCCCCAAAAGUAGCAAGCUGCUCAGAGAGUUCUGGGAGGAUUAUGUGCUGGUGAUGGAAACUUUGGAGGAAAAUCAGGUCCAUGUUGUUCGCCCAGUUCUCAACAGGAUAAAUGCACUCGUUCAAGCAAGCGCUAAAGAAGGUCAGGACCUCUUCCACCCUUCCUGGCUGCUUUGUGUGUACCAGCGGAUGUUUCACAGUGAAAAUAAAACCUUAAUGAGAGCUGGGGUGUGUCACUUGUUGGAGCUCCAGGCUCUCCAAGAGCCAGCCUUUGCUCUGGCUUUCUCUCAGUUUAUCGUCUGCCCCUUUAUGGACAUCUUGUCAGAAAUGUCGCUGUACUGCAAGACACCUGGACAGAGUGUUGGUGAAUGUCCCGAGCUAGCAAUUAAACUCCAAAUCUUCUUGAAGAACUUCUUUAGCAGCCUGCCAGCAGGGGACAGAGGGCGUGUGUUACUGCAGAUGAUAAAGCAGCUGGGCUCCAAGCAUUGGUGUGCAGUGCCCCUCUUCUUCAUCUCUCAGGCCCUGUCCGAACUUGCACCAAACCCAAUACUGGGGAUAGACGGGCUGACUGCCCUGAGGGAUGUGCUGCGUUCCACCAUGAUUACACAUCAAGUCCUCCUGAGAGGUGCUGCCCAGUGCUUCUUACUGAAGAGUGCCCUGCGUCUCAUCGAUGUGAGUGCGGUGACCUUAGAUGAUGUUUUUACCUUCUUGGCAAAUUUCCGGGCAGAUGAGUCGCUUUGUCGAGGGUCAGAGCUUUGGAAUGAGGUGUGUAUCUGGCUCUCAAGCAACGAGGACAGCUUCAAGCCGACGCCAAUUGAUUCAGACGGUCCUGUCUCAAGCAAGGACACCAUUAAUGCCUACGUUCAAGGCAGAAUACACAACUUUUUGAGAGUUCCAGCAUGCACAGGUCAGACGGAAGGCUUACCCGACCCCAAAGAAGCAGAGAAGUUGUCCAGGUCCAUUCUGCUGUGUGCUGACAUGGAGUGGAGUCGGCCCGGAGUAAAUAUUGACGAUAUUGGCGACAACCUCCAGCUGUUGUUGUCUCCUCUGCUGGAGACGCUGAGCCGGCUUAGCACCAACAUUUACCUACCUCUGAGGAAGACUGACAAGAGUUUGCAGCUGGUUCUACAACUGCUCCAAUUUGGAGGAACUCCAAAACACUGCGUAGAUCAUGUGACUGCUGCUUUGGAGAGGCUCAUUUUUCACCACGCAGAUCCAAUCCAGGAGUUCAUCAUGAGGCGUCUGUGUGGGGAGCUGCAGGAGUUGUUUGAUGUGGAGCGAGCGGAGCUGUACUUGUGUGUCCUGAAGCAGCAGGCUAUCCAUAGUUCUAAACUUCAGCAAGGUUCCUUCCCUAAACUCAUCAAGUACAGUCUCGGGAUCCUGCAGGAACCAAGCCAACAGAUUCCCUCCCUGGCAAGCCAGGUAGUUAAAGCAGUUGCCAUGGCAUCUCUUGCGAUGGUGUGUCAUCUAAUUGACCAGCGAGCAGCUGACAUGGACUCCAGCACCUUGAAUUUUGUGAAACAUCUGAACGAGCAUUUCAACAAGGCACCACCAUCUUCCUGGCAAAGUGGGUCACCUUUGGGUUGCUUCAGUGAACGCCUACUGAAACCUCACGCAGAAGUCAGCUCAAGUGAUGAAGGUGGGACAGGUCCGCUUCUGCAAGACUGGGGACGCACAGCGGCCCACUUUAUGCGGGACAAAUGGAUUUGCUUUAACUUCCUGAUAAAGACUGUGAGGAUUCUGCCUGAACUUCACAUAGACAAAGGGACUUUUGCCGCCGCCCUGAGCUGCAGCGUGGAAGCUCUGGCUCUGCUGCCCAGCGACUUGGUGCUGCCAGUUCUUGCCUCCAUGGAGACUGUGCUGCCACAACUAGCGCAGGAGGAGGAGGCCCUCUGUGUGGAGGCCCUGAGUCGGAGCUGGGAGCUGGUGCACGGCCUCAGCACUAACGCCCACGACUUCUGGCCUGCCCUCAAAGGCUUCAUUUCAGUGGCCUUCCACCAGAGACUGCUCCUGCUCACAGACCAUCAGGCCCCUGCACUGACAGCAGCCGUGAAACAGAUUGCAACUGAGCUCAUGGAACUAUCCGAGUCCAAGAAUGGUGUCUUUGGUGUGCUAUUGCAACACUGCUGCGACACGUGGCUGCCCACUAGUGACCCGGGUGACGACAUCUUCUCCAGUGUUCUCCGACACAUCAACAUCCUAGCUGAGGCCUGCGUCUACGGCCCCGUGUUCAGGAGAGAUCAGAGGCUUGUCCAGGAUAUCCAGACAUAUGUAGAACAACUUGGCGAAGGAUGUGCUGCCAAUGCCGUGGUCUUCGGUGACAACCGAGAUGAUCAAUUCCCUCGCAUGUAUGCACUUGCUUUCCUCAGUCGCCUUGAUCCUUCUAACCAGCUGCAUGGAAGGCUGGUGGAGCAGCUUGUUGUCGCUCUCUUUGAAAAGGAGAAGAACAUGUCGAAAUCAACGCGUAUCUCCAGUAACUCCCUGCAGCAUCGUGUGAAAAACAGAGUAUGGCAAACACUGCUGCUUCUGCUGCCCAAAUUCAAGGAGGAGUUUAUUACCUUUUUACUGAACCGUGUCUUUGAGGCCGGCUUUUCCAGUAACCAGGCUUCGGUCAAGUACCUGAUUGAGUGGAUGAUGAUUCUGAUCCUUUUCCAUUAUCCGCAACACAUUGACAGGUUUUGGGUUUGCUUCGAUGUGAAUCACGGAGGAACCAAAACGGGCAUCUGUACAUUCUUGGCAGUCCUGGUGCAUUUUGCUGUCAUCAUUCCUAAACUUAAGGACCCGGAUGUGCAGUUGGUCAAAGCACUGGAUGUCACUCUGCAGUGGUGUUUCCACCAUAACUUCAGUGUGCGCCUCUAUGCCCUACUGGCCUUGAAGCGUGUUUGGAGCUUAGUGGAGGUCCGAGGAACGGAGGCGGCUGAUGGCCUAAGGGGGCUGUCCACUGCUGUCAAAGCCUGUCUGCACCAGACUGAGGCCUUGAAGAACACAGGGAAUGCCAACAAGAACUGGACUAGAAUUCAAGAGCACUUCUUCUUUGGUACCUUUCAUCCAAUCAGGGAUUACAGUAUUGAGACAAUAUUCCACACAUUCCCCAGUCUGUCGGGGUUGGCUGAUGAUGAGUGGAUUCCAACCUGGAAACUGGAGAAGCUUUCAUGCAUCUCUCACACUCCUCCUUUGAAGAAUGCUGCUCCUGAUCUAAGCCAGCUCCAGCCUGGAGACUGGAUCCAGCAGGACAAAAUUGAGGAGGACAAGGAUGAGCGCUGGGCUGAUGUGCAGAAGAAGAUCACCCCCUGGAGGCUGGACAUCCAGGAGCAGAAUCCUGAUCUCCAUUUGGUUCCACAACAGAGAGUUGCUCGUGUGGGCAAACAACAUGGCGCCCUGCUGGUCGUCGCCUCCCUUAUUGACAAGCCCACCAACUUAGGAGGUCUGUGCAGGACAUGUGAGAUCUUUGGUGCCAGUGCAUUGGUGUUGGAUAACCUCCGCCAUAUCUCUGACAAACACUUUCAGUCCCUCAGUGUUUCAUCUGAAUUAUGGCUCCCCCUGCUGGAGGUCAAGCCUUUGGAACUGGCAGACUUCCUGCAGGUAAAAAAGAACCAGGACUACUGCAUUGUCGGAGUGGAGCAGACUGCCAACAGUCAGAGCCUUCAGGACUACCAGUUCCCUGAGAAGACACUGCUACUUCUUGGCAACGAACGAGAAGGCAUCCCUGCCAACUUGCUCCAGCUGCUGGAUGUGUGCGUGGAGAUCCCCCAACAAGGGGUCAUUCGCUCGCUCAACGUUCACGUGAGCGCCGCUCUGCUGAUCUGGGAGUACACUCGUCAACGUCUCACCUGCACCUCCAGUCAAUCAAGGCAAAACCUUGAUUCUUAGCCGUUAUAGUCACAGAUUCUAUCUCGCCACAUUCAUAUUUGAAUGCAGCCUUAUGGUCAGUAUUUGUCUAGUGCCUUUUAUGAGAUCAGCAGUGCUCAUUUCAUCUAACGAUGCCACUGAGUAUCAUGAUGGAAAAAUAAAGUCGCUUCAGAGGAGGGGCAUUACUGCAAUUUUAUUGUCUUCUCCAAUGAGGCAAUUACUUUAGCUUCACAGGGACUUUAAAGAACAACACAAAUACCCCACGCUCACAAACGUGAAGUGUUGACUUAAUAUUUCUAUGUCGGCCAGUACCACUCAAUUGGGAAAAAAAUAUGAUUAGCUUAAAAUUUUUUUCUGUUGUGCUGAGCUGGUUAACACCAAGAAAAAGUCAACAGUUUUAUGUGUGUAUAUAUGUCUUUAAACUUUUUUAUGUUAUGGUUUUACAUAUCUUUCAAUGAAAAUGUUUAAAUAAACACCAUUUGUAUUGAAUCAUGUUAACUACUUUGGCUUGACUGACAGAUGUGCUCGUGCUACCCGCCCGUCAUCUUUCCUUCCACUCCCCCAUGGAGGCGGUUCACCUGGCGGCCCAGCUCACAUGGGAGCCAGAUGGACUUCUUUCAGUCGUAUUUUUCUUAAUUUCCCAUUAACUGGUUUUUAUGU